CGCGCCAGUCGAGCCGCGAGAUGGCGGCGCGUCAGCCGCAGGGAGACGGCGACAGCGCGCGCUCCCUGUCCGACCGCCUGGCGCUGCUGCCCUGGGCGGCCAAGGUCGUCGAGCUGGCGCUGAGCAUCUUCUGCAUCGGGCUGCUGGUGGACCCGUACAACCACGGCCAGGUGUCCAACCUCAACCGCAUCGUGGUGGUGUACGUGGCCUACUGCAGCUACGUCAUCAUCAACUCCGUCCUCAUCGCCGGCCGGCUGGCGCGCGACGUCGUGCCCAAGCGAACAAUGGUGAUGUUCACGCUGGUGGGCUGCAUCAUGUUCUUCACGGCGGGGGCCGUGGUGAUCGACGACUGGGCGUGGCAGCGCGUGCAGAUCAUCAACAUCAAGUCCAAGCAGUACAUGGACAUGACCAUCGCGUCGGGGGUGUUCGCCAUCUUCAACGCCUUCCUCUUCUUCGCCGACAUGCUGCUGACCGUCGCCUACACUUGAGACGCGCGUCUCGGGUCCGUCGCCCGCGGGGACGGUGCGGGAUCGCGGGGUUUGGGAGAAGUCACGCUGUCACGUGGUCCGAGACAUUUUUAUAAACUUCGCCGUCGCCAUAUUGUAACGCCCAAAAACACAAAAACAUUGCGGAAUUGGUGUUUGACCGCGUCUGAUGAUGGCUAGCACGUAUGAAUCAGUAUCUCCGUCGUUCAACAGUCACUUACAUGAAACACAGCCAUUUAAAACUAAUUUUUUUCCCACAAUUCUAACUCUACACUUCCCAAGGGCGUAAAUCCGUAUGAUUCGAAGAGGGGGGAAGGGGGUGGAACCGAGAGUUUGAGCGUGGUUAACAUCUCUAGAUAGGGUUAAUGUAUGUUUAUACUUCCCAUAUUUGGUCUAUAUGCUUGCAAUAAGCAGCAAACUUAAAAAUAUACAGGACAUUUUUCAUAGAACAUAGUUUUGACAUCAAACCCGUUUCACAGUCCUCGCUUUUGCAAGAGCAAAUUAAUGUCUGAUUUUAACAAUGACUUAGCUGAUGGCUAGUAGAUCUGUCUUUGAAAUCAAUGGCGUUUAGUUUUAAAUUCACUCUCGGGAAAGGCUAUAACUGUAAUAAUACUGUCAAAUAGAUGCUAUGUUAUGGGCUUUGUAAAUCUCUUAACGCCUGAUCUUUGCCUUAACCAACACAAAUGUUCAACAUUUUAAAUUAUAAAAAUUACUGUGGCAUAAAAACUGUUGGAACUAAAAGGCAUCUUUCAAAUUAAACUCAUUUUACACGCACGCGCACACACACACACACUCUCUCUCUCUCUCUCUCUCUCUCUCUCUCUCUCUCUCUCUCUCUCUCUCUCUCUCUCUUUCUCUCUCUCUCUCUCUCUCUCUUUCUCUCUCUCUCUCUCUUUCUCUCUCUCUCUCUCUCUCUCUCAGAUAGACAUUGGUUUACUCUCCAGUACACACUGGUUCACUCUCCGGUGAGUUCGGACGCCUACCCGUCGGCUGUACCUACCUUUGGCGUUUUGGACGAUGACGCAUUCUUGCGGAUGUAACAGAAAACUCAAACGUGACGCUCAUUUUGGCGGAAAAAAAUUAACUACACCCAUGAUAAAGUGUUUAUUUUAAUAUAAAAUAUAUAUUUUUGUUUAAAUAUGGUGGUAAAGUUGUGAGUUAAAAAUAUUUAUACUAAAACUGGAAUCAGAUAUAUCUAUGACCUACAAAUUUUACUUCUUUCAAAUCAAAGAUGGCUACCAAAAAGUGGAGCGAGUGAACAUCGUCCUUCACUUUGCCCCUUCCCCUGGAGGUCGCGAGGUAGCUCUCUCAGAUAUCGAUAGCUACGAGAGCACUCUCGGCGAGUUAUGCCGGCCCGUGCUCGCAAGAUGCGCAGUAACAAAUAAUUUACAUUUACCAAUAUGUCUGUGAAAAAAAAAAAAACGUUCUCGACGUUUCCUGCGAAGAGCCUAUUAUGUACAUUCUGUAUUGAACAGACCCGAACAAGCCCGAAUAUCUACAUUCGGCCAACUUCGUCAGUUUUUUUGUUUAUUACUUAAAAAAUUGUGGAUGGUUGGUUAUGUUAGGUUAGUAUAGCUACAUUAAAAAUACUGUCAAAUCAUUUUAAUGCCGACGUUGGCCGAAGGUAGAUAUUCGGGCUUGUUCGGGUCUGUGCAAUAUAGAAUGUACAUCAUAGGCUUCCCGUUUCCUGCAGCGGUGUCAUGGCGGACGCAGAGUUAACUCAUUGUUGAGAUUACAUCUCAUGCCUCUCUGUGUGUUCAAGUUUCAAUACAGUACAUGUUUUAACAUUUCGUUAACAAUGCAUUCAUACUAGUAACUGUGUCUUAGAGAAUACUUAACGUGUGAUAAUUUUAACAAUAGUGUGUUUCUGUUGGAAGUAACUUUUUCAAACAGACUUGACAUUCCACUGUUCACACCAGCUUAUUUUGAUGGUUAUGCUCAAGGAUCGUGGUUCAAUGGUGGUCCCACAUGCCGGAAACAAAGAAAGGUCCACAUCAACAUUGUUCCAUGCGUGUUUCAGCGGCCUAAGACUAAUGAGGGCGACGUGCAAGAAUUUAUCCCCGAAUACCAGCAGGAAAUUCCUUGGAGAGAAAAAUGUGAAAGGAUACAAUUUCAAGAUACCAGAAAUCCUCGUAACAUUACACGAAAAAAAAAAAAAGCAUGGCGAUCUUUGAUCCUUUGCGCUAUGUUAUAUCAUGUUUUGUUUCCAGCACAUUCAAAAACUCUAUUAAAAAAAAAUAACAGCAGUA